GCACCUGAAGGCUCCCACACCAAGCUACUUUUAGUGCAUUUUUAAACUCACUUUUGGGGAAUAUAUUGAUUUUCAGCGGGGGUGAGAAAGACCCCUGAAUGCAGUUGUGAGGGGAAAGGAGCUUUACCUCAGCAGCUUGAGGCUCCCACAUCUAACUCACUUCUGGGGUAAUAUAUAUAUAUAUAUUUUUUUUUUCUGAUGAGAAUUAGAAAAAUCCUGGACAGAAUUCCAAGGGGAAAGGAGCCCUUCCCUCAGCAGCUCAGGACUCCCACACCGGGUGACUUUUAGUGCGUUUUUAAACUUGUUCUUGGGGAAUACAGAUUUUCUGAGGGGACGAAAAAGACCCCAGGACGCAAUUCUGAGGGGCAAGAAACCUUCUAGAAUCCUGUGACUCCCCCAGCAUGCCGGGGCUCCCACACCGGAACGACUUUUAAGCGCAUUUCCCAACUCGUUUUUUGGGGGUGAUAUUUUUAAGCGGGUCGAGAAAGACCCGUGGACGCAGUGCCGAGGGGAGGGGAGAGGAGCCUUCCCUCAGCAGGUUCAGGCACUCCAGGCUCCUUCCAGUGCGUUUUUUGAACGGUUUUUCGGGGAUGUCUCGGGUUCCGAGGGGGCCGUGCCCGGCCCUGUCCCUCCCCACAGGCGGCGGGCGGGAAGCCCCGGCGGGCUCGGCCUCGCGCUCCCGGCGCCCCCUGCGGGCCGGGGCCGGCACCGCCUCAACCGCCGGGUCCCCCCUCACCGGGAAUGGCGGCCGCUCUCCUUCCCCGCCCCGCCGGGGCCAUCCCGGCCCGCAGCGCCGCCGACACCGUCACACGCCGGAGGGCGGGCGGGCAUGGAUCAGGGAAGGAGGGGGAAGGAGCCGUUGCCAUGGCGAGCGCGGCCCGCCCUUGCCUCCCCACGUCAGCGCCGUCUCCCGCCCGGCCGCGGGUGAUUGACAGUUGCCACGGCAACAGGCUCGCCCCCGCCGCCAUUUUGUCAGUUGGGUUUUUUUUUUUUAAAUUUAAAAAAAAUAUUUAAAAAAUUAAAAUAAAAUAAAAUAGUAACAAAAAACAAGAGCAAAGAGCUCAGUUUCCGCCAGAAUCUCUAGGGUUAUUAUUUUUUUAAAGUUUUUUUUUUUUCCCUUCUCCUUCUUCCGACCUCCACCGCGAAAGGAAAAGGAAAAGAAGGGACGCAAAAAAAGUGCGCUCCGAGGGUCCCGCCGGGGAUGCGCGGCCGGGCUUGAGGCGGCGGUGCGGGAAGCGAAGCCGCGAACACCCAGAGCCCGGCCGGGGACCCGCCGGGCCGCCCGGGCUCCCCUUCCCACCGCGGGCAGACCCGCGGCCCGAGGGAGGAGGAGGCGCCGCCGCCGCCGAGGCCCCCGGGGAAGAGCGGGAGGACGCGCCCGGCAUUCGCCCCGCGGAGGGAGAGGCCUCGCCCCGGGAGAAGCCGCCGCACGGUGUUGUUUGCUGCUGGACUCCCCCGUCCCCACAACCCCGCAGGAUGAUAUGAGACUUGAAAGAAGACGAUGCAUACAGGAGGAGAGACUUCAGCAUGCAAACCUUCAUCUGUUCGGCUUGCACCAUCGUUUUCAUUCCAUGCUGCUGGCCUUCAGAUGGCUGGACAGAUGUCCCAUUCGCAUCAGCAGUACAGUGACCGGCGGCAGCAGAACAUCAGCGACCAGCAGGUCUCGGCCUUAUCCUACGCGGAGCAGCUGGAGCAGCCACUGCCACUGACAAACCAGAGGCGGAUGCCCCAAACUUUUCGUGAUCCAGCCACUGCUCCACUGAGGAAACUCUCCGUAGAUUUGAUCAAAACAUACAAGCAUAUUAAUGAGGUUUACUAUGCAAAAAAAAAACGGCGGCAUCAGCAGGGCCAGGGAGAUGAUUCCAGUCACAAAAAGGAGAGGAAAGUUUACAAUGAUGGUUAUGACGAUGACAACUACGACUACAUCGUGAAAAAUGGGGAGAAGUGGAUGGACCGCUAUGAAAUCGACUCUUUAAUAGGCAAAGGAUCCUUUGGACAGGUUGUGAAGGCUUAUGACCGAGUGGAGCAGGAGUGGGUGGCCAUCAAAAUCAUCAAAAACAAGAAGGCUUUCCUAAACCAGGCCCAGAUUGAAGUGAGACUGCUCGAGCUGAUGAACAAACAUGACACUGAGAUGAAGUACUACAUAGUGCAUUUGAAGCGUCACUUCAUGUUCAGGAACCACCUGUGCUUGGUGUUUGAGAUGCUGUCCUACAACCUGUACGACCUGCUGAGGAACACCAACUUCCGCGGCGUGUCCCUCAACCUGACGCGCAAGUUCGCGCAGCAGAUGUGCACGGCCCUGCUCUUCCUGGCCACCCCCGAGCUCAGCAUCAUUCACUGUGACCUAAAACCAGAGAACAUCCUGCUCUGCAACCCCAAAAGGAGCGCCAUCAAGAUCGUGGAUUUUGGCAGCUCGUGUCAGCUCGGGCAGAGGAUAUACCAAUAUAUCCAGAGUCGUUUCUAUCGAUCACCAGAGGUGCUACUGGGAAUGCCUUAUGACCUUGCAAUUGAUAUGUGGUCCCUUGGGUGUAUUUUAGUCGAGAUGCACACUGGAGAGCCUCUCUUUAGUGGGGCAAAUGAGGUGGAUCAGAUGAAUAAAAUAGUGGAAGUUUUGGGGAUACCACCAACCCACAUCCUCGACCAAGCACCCAAAGCAAGAAAGUUCUUUGAGAAGUUGCCAGAUAGCACUUGGAACUUGAAGAAGACCAAAGAUGGAAAAAGGGAAUACAAACCACCGGGAACUCGCAAACUCCACAAUAUCCUGGGAGUUGAGACAGGAGGGCCGGGUGGGCGCCGUGCUGGGGAGUCAGGUCAUACUGUAGCUGACUACUUGAAGUUCAAAGACCUCAUCUUAAGGAUGCUUGACUAUGACCCCAAGACACGAAUCCAGCCCUACUACGCCCUGCAGCACAGUUUCUUCAAGAAAACGGCGGACGAAGGUACCAACACGAGUAACAGCGUGUCCACGAGUCCUGCCAUGGAGCAGUCACAGUCUUCAGGAACCACCUCUAGUACAUCUUCAAGCUCAGGUGGAUCUUCUGGCACGAGCAACAGCGGAAGGGCGCGGUCGGACCCCACGCACCAGCAUCGACACAGCGGUGGGCACUUCACUGCUGCUGUGCAAGCUAUGGACUGUGAGACACACAGCCCACAGGUUCGGCAGCAGUUUCCCCCUCCCAUCGGUUGGACCGCCACCGAAGCUCCCACCCAGGUCACCGUCGAGAACCACCCGGUUCAGGAAACCACCUUCCAUGUAAACCCUCAGCAACAGAACGCAUUACACCAUCACCACGGCAACAGCUCCCACCACCACCACCAUCACCACCACCACCACCACCACCAUGGACAGCAAGCCUUGGGCACCCGGACCAGGCCGAGAGUCUACAAUUCUCCAACAAACAGCUCCUCCACCCAGGAUUCUAUGGAGGUGGGCCACAGUCACCACUCCAUGACAUCCCUGUCUUCCUCAACUACUUCUUCCUCUACAUCUUCCUCCUCUACUGGUAACCAAGGCAAUCAGGCCUAUCAGAACCGCCCAGUGGCUGCUAAUACCUUGGACUUUGGACAGAACGGAGCUAUGGACAUGAAUUUAACAGUCUACUCUAAUCCGCGCCAAGAAACUGGCAUAGCUGGACAUCCCACGUACCAGUUUUCUGCUAAUACAGGUCCUGCUCAUUACAUGACUGAAGGACACCUUGCCAUGAGGCAAGGCAUUGAUAGAGAAGAGUCUCCCAUGACAGGAGUUUGUGUUCAGCAAAGUCCUGUGGCUAGCUCGUGACUAAACUGAAACUAAGUUUGUUUCUUGUGUGUUUUUAUAGAAGUGGUGUUUUUCCAAAAAAAAAAAACAAAGUGCAAAGCUGCUUGAAUCAGAAGGAGAUAAACUCACUGAACCGCUACAGGAGGGCAAAGUUGACUAUUUUUUUAAACUUGAAAAGAUUGCAAAGGGACAAUGAAGUUUUUUUUUUGUUGUUUUUUUGCUGGGGGGAGGUUUUUUUGGUUGUUUUUUUUUUUUUUUUAAGAGCCAUGUCUGGACCCACCUUAACGGAUAGCUUAGUGGUGUUCACCUUUUGCUUCCCCCAUUUUAACUUGCCACAACCUAGUCAUAGUUUGGUUUUUUUGGGGAGGGGUUUUGAUUUUUUUAAAUUCUAAUUUUUUUUUUUUUUUUUUGCUCUCAUUUGACAGGGGUUAUUGUUCAAAUGUUAGUCAUAGUUGCAAACUAGUUUCUUUUUAAAGGCAUUGCACAUGAUUUCUAAGAAAAGGCCCUUUGAAGUUUUUUGGGUGGGAGGGGGAGUGAGUAAUAUAUAUAUUUUUUUUAGUUCCCCAAACAACCAUGGGCACAGAAAUGCAGUACUGUAAGAAAGAGGGACCUUCAGAUUACACAAAUAUAUUAUUCUUCAGCUGUAAAAAGGGACGGUUGUGACGGAGUUUGUGAGGCACAUUGAGCAUGCGAAGUGGCGGUGAGCAGAACUCUCCUUUUCUGAAUCUACUGAGGAUCAAAGCAGCAAUUGUGAUGGGAAUCCUGUGGGUGCCACCUUUUGGAGCCCACGGGCAGUUAGGAUGGAAAUCUGACUGGUUUCAUAACUGAGGUGCACUGAGAAGCAAUCAACGGGUCGGUCCUGGCCAGUCCUGGGGAGGUCUAAGUGGUGGUCUUUGGGAUAACCUUUGGCCUUAUGGAUUUGGACUCUUAAGUUAGAAGAGCCUACCAUUUCAGAUGCAAUCACUUUUGGACAUGCUUUUGCAGACAGUCCUUAAUGCUGAAAACACAGAGAAUGGGUAAUUCAAGAGGCCUUUCUUUUAAAAUAGACUUUUGUGACCCACUUAUUGUAAGGUAUUGCAAGGUCACUUUGCGUGUGUCAUAAAGUUGACUUCCUUAUUGGUUGAAGGUCACAGGAGUAGUGGUUUGCGUUUGAUGGAAAUAGCUACAACUGUGUCCCUUCCUGCUUUUUACUUUUUUCUUUUGCUUUUUCUCGGCACGUGGUUUUCUCCACCAUUACUUCUGCACAAAGACGUCUUCUGUUCAUCCUGAACAUUUUUAAAAAAAAAAAAAAUGCAGAAUUUUAUGUGACUGCUUUUUUGCCUCACAAUUAUGCUGUGAAUUUUACAAAAAUUUAUUUUCUUUUUUGAUAAUUUAUUGUACCAAAGCUGUUUUUAUAGCACAUAGAUGUCUGUAACCAAUAAUGUAGCAGUUCUGCACUUUGACACAAGGUGUAACUAGACCAUUUUUAAAUGUCAGUUGAAAAAUUAUGGCUGUACUAUUGCUUAAACAAAACUGGAACUGUUGUUGAAUUCAUAGCCAAUACAUUUACAGCAAUCUGUGUACUGAAGAUAAUAGAUUGACAUCUACUUGGAGACUAUAACAUCUGUUACAUUAUCGAUGUGUUCAGGCUUCUGAAGGUUAAAAGGGACACUAGAUCCAGAAGCUAUGAAACCAGCAGUUGAUUCUUGUAUUCCUUAUUAACAAAAUUGUAAACUUGAAGGCAAAGACCUUGAUUGCAUGAACAGGUCCAAAAAAAAAAUCAUAGGCUGAGUAAAGCAAAACCCUCACGGGAGACCUGAGGUUAGCAGGCUGUAUUUAACAGGUGCCUAAUUUUUGGGUAAUGCUGCCUUAAUAUAACACAGUCAGCUUGGCAGUUGCAAAAUUUACGGGCCCAUCCAAGAGAUUUUUUUUUAUUUUUUGUGGGAAAAGGAAAAAAAAAAAAAAGCUGCGUGAGGAGAAAAACCUUGGUGAAAGGAUGAAGGUGAGUUCCUUGAUUGCCCAUCCCAGAUGAACAGUGUUGCCCAUCCUCUCUUACAGAAGCAGUGAUCUACCUCUGCCAGUAAGCCCUUGGAAAAGUUAAUUUUAGCAGCAAAUGGUCAAUUCCAUGCGGCCAAGUCGUUUUUUCAGUCGAAA